AUGGACGGCAUUGGCGUCCUAACGACAUGCCCGAUGUUCAAUUACCUCGAAGUAGAGUUGAAAAAGCACUUUAAGUUCUUCAAGCUCUGGCGCUAUCCUUCAAUGGCAGAAUUCUUAGGAGAGAACGUUGAUUCAGUCCAAGCCGUGGUGGGAAACACCAAAAUCGGCGCCGACACGGUACUGAUCGGUUCGCUGCCGAGAUUGAGGAUCGUCGCGAGCUACAGCAUGGGGUUGGACAAGAUUGAUAUGAGAAAAUGCGAGGAAAGAGAAAUUAGGGUCACCAACAGUCCCGACACGUUGACUGAUGACGUCGCCAACAAAACGUACGAUUGGGCUUAUUUUGGCGGUGAUUAA